AAAAAGGAGACGGGAGACUGAGACGUAAUGUAACUGAUUAGCGCUUACUCGGAAGUGUUCGCCGUCGAGGCAGAAUCCGGAUUAUUUCGUGCAUUCACAGCGCUUUCGUCAGGGUUAGCUGGUUAGCACGCCACAUGCUAACGCGUCUCCGUGGCAACGGCUCCUUCAGUCAGGUAAACACGGUUCUGCUGCGAUCUAGCACCUUUCUCCUCAAACACAGCGAAGUAUCACACCACACGCUCCAGAGGGACGCUGCAGCAUGCGGCUGAAGACCUCUCUGCUGAAGGAGCCCAAGCACCGAGAGCUGGUGAGCUGCGUGGGAUGGACCAGCGCCGAUGAGCUGUACUCCUGCAGCGACGACCACCACAUUCUCCGGUGGAACCUGCUCACUAACGACACCAGCGUCCUCGUCAGGCUGCAGGACCAGAUCUACCCCCUCGACCUGCACUGGCUCCCCAAGAGCGCGAGCGGGAAGAAGCAGGCCGGGGCCGACAGCUUCGCCCUCACCAGCACUGAUGGUAAACUCCACCUGGUGUCUAAAUCUGGACGAGUAGAGAAGAGUGUGGAGGCCCAUAGAGGAGCCGUGCUCGCCGGACGCUGGAAUCAUGACGGGACGGCUCUUAUCACAGCUGGUGAAGAUGGACAGCUGAAGAUCUGGUCUAAGAGUGGGAUGCUGAGGUCUACUCUGGCCCAACAAGGGACUCCCGUGUACUCCGUGGCGUGGGCUCCAGACUCGGGACGGGUUCUGUACACAUCGGGUCGACAGCUGGUGAUCAAGCCGCUGCAGCCCAGCGCCAAAGUCCUGCAGUGGAAAGCUCAUGACGGAGUCAUUCUGAAGGUGGACUGGAGUGCUGUCAAUGAUCUCAUACUGUCAGGAGGAGAAGACUGCAAAUAUAAGGUGUGGGAUAGCUACGGCCGGCUGCUCUUCUCCAGCUCUGCUCAUGAUUACCCCGUCACCUCAGUGGCCUGGGCUCCGGACGGAGAGCUCUUCGCCAUGGGCUCCUUCCACACUCUCAGACUGUGUGAUAAGACCGGGUGGUCGUACUCUCUGGAGAAGCCCAGCACUGGAAGUCUGUUCAGUCUGGCCUGGUCUGCAGACGGCACUCAGCUGGCCGGAGCCUGUGGAAACGGACACGUCUUGUUCGCUCACGUCGUAGAGCAGCGCUGGGAGUGGAGGAACUUUGAGAUCACACUCACAAAGAGACGCACUAUGCAGGUCAGAAACGUGUUGAAUGAUGCAGUGGAUGUUCUGGAGUUCAGAGAUCGGGUCAUCAAAGCCUCGCUGGCUCACGGUCAUCUGGUGGUCACCACCUCUCUGCAGUGUUACGUCUACAGUGCUAAGAACUGGAACACUCCGCUGAUCUUUGACCUGAAGGAGGGAACCGUCAGUCUCAUCGUGCAGGCCGAGAGGCACUUUCUGUUGGUGGAUGGAGCAGAGCUGUUUGUGUACUCGUAUGAGGGCCGUUUGGUGUCGUCUCCCAAGAGUCCCGGCUUGAGAAUGGACAUCCUGAACUCUCAGUCCAUCUCUCUGAGCAACGACACCAUCGCCAUACGAGACACGAGCGACGAACGAGUCAUCUUUCUGUUCGAGGCUCAGACGGGAAAAGCCAUUGGUGACGGCAAACCUUUGAACCACAAGAUAGAGGUGGUGUUCGUCGCGCUGGAUCAGUGUGGCUCGUCUAAUGACCGAAGGAUCGCACUGAUCGAUAAGAACCGUGACCUCUACCUGACCUCUGUGAGAAAGCUGGGCCGAGCGCACAGCAUCCACAAGAUCGGGUCGAUGGUUGACACUAUGGCCUGGAACGACUCGGCUAACGUCCUGUGUGGCGUCCAGGACAGCCGGUUCACAGUGUGGUACUACCCUAGUGUGGUGUUUGUGGACAAAGACCUGCUGCCCAAAACCAUCUUCACCAGAGACAGCAGUGAGUUCAGUCGUCCUCCUCAGAUGGUGAGCUAUGAGGGCACUCAGGUGACGGUCAGACGAGUGGACGGCUCUCUAGUGUGCACCGCCGUGUCACCGUACCCCAGCUUACUGCACGAGUACACCGGCAGCGGCCGCUGGGAGGACACGCUCCGCAUCUGCCGCUUCGCCAAGGUCAGUGCAUCGCACAUACUGAGAAAAUGCAUGUCUCUCCGCAGGGCUCUGGAGCUGGCGGUGAAGUACAAAACUCACGUGGACACGGUGCUCGCUCACAGACAGAAGUUCCUGCAGGACUUUGGAAAACAGGAAACCAACAAGAGAUUCCUGCAGUACUCUGAGGGAGUGGAAGUGGACUGGGAGAAAAUCCAGGCUAAAAUUGAAAUGGAGUUUGCUAUGGAGCGGGAAAAAGCAGCCAACGCAUCCGUCAGAAGCAGUGUGUCCAUUCGCCGAUAAAACACACACCUGUAAUGUAAUUCAGGUAAACUGAGGCCUGGAUCCCACUGAACGAGCACUGAUCUCCGACUCCUCAACACUUACUGCACACUGUGGCUAACUCUCAAAGUUAAGAAGUUAUGGCAGGCAUGAGAAUUCAUAUCUUAGCCUCUUAAAAAAUGCACAUCAGUCUAUUGCCAGGCAUCACGUCUAGUUCAGCUGUUAUUCAUAUCAUUUCAAGAAGAUUUUGUAACAAGAAUGAAUUUUUAUUAUAAAAGCUUGAUUUAUGUUUAUUCAAUAAAUGCAUAUUUGAAAUUAAACUUCCAUUGGUGAGUGAAUAACAUGAAUUUUUAGUGAUCCGACACACUGGAACAAAACACUUCUACCAGAGAUUAAAUACCUAGACUCGUUUGCAGUUCAGCCACUGGCAACCAUUCUGAUCAUAAUCAGUGUUUUGGUACAGUGCAGUGAAAUAUGAAUCCAUACAGCGCUGUUGCGCUACGGACGUCCCAAGCUCUAAUCCCGGCUCCUGCCCACUCUCUCCCACUUCACUUUCUGUCUGCUCUACACUGUCCUGUCAUAAUAAAAGGCAAAAAUGCCAAAAAUAAAUCUUA